UCAAGAUGGCGGCUGUUUUGGGGGUUGGAAGGUAGACGACACUUGAGACCAGAUUUAGGAGCUGUAAACGAAGCACAUAAACUCUACAAGAUGUCUUUGGCAGCAGCAGAUAAGCUGCUUAAGGUUUUUGACGCGUUGAAGAAUUUUAGAGAAGGCAUUCCAGUGGCAGAUCCCAAUCCCUUGGCAAAGAAAAAAGAAAGCCUUCUGUCUAAGAAAGAUCGAAUAUCACUUCUAAACAGUAUCCCAGAGCUGAUAUGCUCCUCAGCUAUAAGGAGUCUGACAGAAUUUCCAAAGAUCCUAGCCAUAGCAGUGGACUCUUUGUUAGGCAGUUGUGAUGACCAGGAGUCAGAUGUGCGUUUGGUUGCUGGUGAAUCUCUUAACAAACUCAUCAAGGGUUUAAUGGAUUCUUAUCUGGGACGAAUACAUGUAGAGCUUUACAAGGAAAUUAAGAAGAAUGGCUCUGCCAGAGGUUUGAGAGCUGCUUUGUCGCGGUUUGGUGACCUGUGCCAUUUAAUAAGACCACAGAAAUGCCGACCAUUUAUUGCUAAUUUGUUACCAUGUAUAGCUCGUGUAAGUAUGCGUACAGAAGAUUCAAUUCAGGAAACACUGGCCACUGCCAUGCAGAAGAUCAUGUGUGUUCUGGGUAGUUUUACUAGUGAUACUGAGGUCAAGCAACUGUUGAAAACAUUUCUGCCAAACCUGCGAUCCUCAUCUGCAACAACAAGACGUACAGCAGCAAGUGGCAUUGUUGACAUUUGUCGAUAUUCACGCAAACCAACCUUCUUCUAUGAAUGGCUACUAAACAUUCUGUUAGGCUUGGUGCUACCAUUUCAUGAAGAUAAAGACUCAACUGUUUAUCUUGGUGUGCUGAUGUGUUUACGGCACAUGAUCCCCAAUUUGGAUAGUUCUUCCUCAAGUGGACGUGGUCUGAAAGGUUUGCGAGGCAGCUUUGGUUCUCAGCGAUCAUAUUCUAGCGAUGGAGUACCUGGUGAUAUACAGAUAGAAGGCAAUCAGCUUUUGCAGGCUUAUGAAGUAAUCAUGUACUGUACAAAGCACUCAAAUCACAACGUGGUGACAGCUUCUCUUGAAACGCUACUUCAGCUUCUGCGCACUCCCCCACCUGCUCUUCUGUCAGUUCUUCUAUCCAGUGAGGGGAUAACACCAAGCACAGGUUCUGAUAUACUCAAGAAAGGCUUGGAGGUUCUUGAGGAAACAGUGUCUGAAGGUGGCUCAGUGAUGAGUGAACUAGAAAUAGCAUCCAUUGCUGAGAGUACAGCUAGUACUGUAGACACUGGAAUUGGCAGCUCUGUUGCUACCGAUUUGGAUACAGAUCAAGCAACAACGGAUGAAAUGCUGAGGUCAGAGUUGGAUCACCUGCGUUUACAUGGCAGUUCUGCCACUGAUGAUGAUCAAGCAAGAGAGGAAAUGGAGGAAGGAGGAGAUGUUUUCAAUCCAAUGUCAAGCCUGGUGUCUGAAGGAAACACAGGAAGUAGACGAGUGACCCGGUCUUUAUCGGAUCCUGGCCAUGCUGUUGAGAAAGAUAACGAUACAACUGACAAUGCAACUUGGAGUGAGGCUCAAGCAUCUCAUGGUACAGUGGAAUCUGUUGCUCGCAAGGACAGUGAUGACUUGGAACAUGAAUUGUCAUCCACUGAUGAUGAUACCAUAAGGACAGAAUCAGUUUCAACCCAGGAAGUGAGGCUUCUUGUUGAGAGAAGUUUUCAGAUUGAUGCAGUGGCCUGCAGAGGUGUUCCUCUCAUCCACUGUGUCCGCCUAAUGUGUUCAUUUCUUUUGUCUGGAAACCCUGGAGAAAUGCUGUCAGACUCCAGUGUUCGUGUCAGUGUGAAAUCUUUGGCUCUUUCCUGCAUUGCGCAAGCUGUUAAGCUGCAUCCUGAAGCAUUUUUGGUCCGAAUACUGCCUGAGUCAUCUGAAGAGUCAGAUGAUGAGGAACUGCGUCAAUCAAGCCCUCAGCUUGUUCGAGAUAUUCUUCUAUUCAGCGGUCAUGGAGAUCCACAGCUUCGAGGAAGUCUGUCGACUGUGAUUGGAAAUGUUAUUAGAACAGGACUUGAGAAGGGAAGGCUUGAUUUCGACACUUGGUGUAUUGACACUUGUCAGGAAAUGGAGACAGUUCCCUUAGCACUUGAAGACCUGAUGCCAGUAUUGAAGUCUAUUCUUCAAGAUGACUCACCUGUUGCUAUAAGACAAGCUUGCAUUUCUCUUAAGAACUGUUUCUCCCUGCUGUGCUCUAGCAAACACUCCAAGGUUGCUUUGGACCUCCUGAAUAUCAUUUCUCACUUGAGAAACAACUCUUAUUGGCUUGUAAAGGUUGAAUUACUAGACAUAUUAGAAGAUGUGGACUUCAGGCUCUUGACAUUUUUAAAAAGCAAAUUUGAAAACCACCAGGAAUCAGGGAUGCAAAGAUUAUUUAAAACUAAUUUACAAGAAGAUCUGAUUAACAAUGUGGUGCUGGACUUGUUGGAAGAUGAUGACAUCCGAGUCAGGUCUGCAGCUGCCAAGUGUUUUGUCAGCAUGGUUCCACAACUCUUUUAUUCAUUAAACAAUGACAAACAAGCUGUGGUAAUUUCUGCUGUUCGAAGUCAAAUCAGUAAUCUCUGUAUUCAGGAAUCCCAAUGCAAGGCAUAUACCCAGUCAGUUAUUGAUGCCAACCUUUCAAGAGCUGUGUCACUCAUCACAACAAAGCUGAAUCAUUCAACAUCAAGGACCUCUAUGCUUGGAUGCAUUCAUGUUCUAUCACUGUUGACAGAGUCAUUCCCUGUUGCAAACUACCCUGGAGCUUGGGGAUGUAGUGUAUCACUUUCAUGUAGAAGUCCUCUACCUACCCAACCCAUAGGGUCAUUCGGUUCUCCCUCCAGGCCUUCUAGUCCAAGUGCUGCUUGUACAGGGGGAGGAGGACCUUUGUCAGUUGUAGUGGGUAGUAUGAUAUCCUCAGGGCUGGCUUAUGAUCUUUUUGCACAUCAGCAGUUGCUUCAAGUAAGUGUUCAUGAAAACUUUGAAUUGCUAGUGACUGAUACACUGUAUAAUGUAAUGGAACUGAACAAUCUUACACACUCCUUUUUUGACAAUGAAUGCUUGUAUGCUUCAAAAACCCAUGGCCUAAGGUCAUAUUUUCAUAAAAUAUAUACUCUUGCACUGAAGGGCUAUCCUAUUGCAGGGAACAUUCUGUUUGGUGCAGGCUGUAGUGGUGUCCAUGUUUCACUGAAAGUUCACUCAGAGCGAGGGCCCUCAGAUGAGCCUAUCGGUUCUGCUGAACACUGGAGUGUGUUCACUGAUAGUGCCUUAGCUUCCCAGGCAGAGAAACUAAUUCUCCACUUGACAAGGUUAUUGAACAUUGUUUCUCAUGUUGUUGAGAACAACAUUCCUGGUGCUCAUUCCUUUAAGAUUUCUUUCCCUGGACAGAAUAAAGACAAACAACAAUCAGCUGCUAUUCCUGGUGUGGCUGCUCCUCAGACCCCUUCUCCUGCUUCCGUUGGUUCCAGUCCUGCUACAACUGUUCCGAAGAGACUACUGACCAAGACUAAGCGGGCUCUUUCUGAAGCAGAUUUAUCCCAAGCGACUUCAGAUAAACCUGUUUCACCAUCUAAGACCCAAGGGGGCGGUGGACAACCUACAGAGUCUUCAGAUCAAAACACACAGAGCCCUCCUCCCAAGAGCAGCAUUGGCAUGUUUCACCAUUUACCGCACUACAUGAAGUUGUAUGAAAUCGUUAAAGGAGCUUAUGCCAACAACCAGGUGACACUGAUGAGUCCAGCCCAGGACAAGUUUUGUCAGUUCCUAGCAGCAACCUUGGAUGCUUUGUCUCUUCUUCUUGAAGUCACUGCAUUUGCUGACAUUGGAAAGCACAUUGAAGAAAUACUUGGCUAUCUACAAGUUUGUGAGAAACUGGAGGCAACAAAGACAUUCUUAUGUGUCCAACAGCUUUUACGUGCAAUGUUUGGUAUCAAUGCCCUUAGCCAACCAGAACUGAUCCAGAAUGCCUUGGCUCCUCCCUGCCUUGCUGAAAGUCAUGUGACAGUGCCAGAACAACCUAACCAGCUAAAGGCCCCGGAUGAAAGCCUUUAUCACUCAUGUUUUAUUCAUCCAUUAACAAUUAUUACAAAGACGCUGGAGAAGUUGAAACCCAAGGAAGAAGUUAAAGAAAAAGGAAACGAAUCAGACUCUUUAGGAGGUAUUGGAGUGUUUAUCAAAAGGCUCAGGAAAAAAGCCGCUAUUUCUGUUCAACCUACUAUGAAACUGGACAAGCAAUCCCCCAUUCAUUCAUUUAUCCGCUGGUUUGAACCACUAGUGAUCCGUGCCUUGAAGGAGUACACCAUGUCGAGUAAUGUCAUCUUACAACAGCAGGUGUUGAGUCUGUUGGCUCAGCUCAUCAAACUCAGGGUGAACUACUCAUUACUGGAUGCUGAUCAGGUGUUCAUAAGCUAUGUUCAGAAGCAAUUUGAAUACAUUGAUGCAGGGCAGAUAAAAUCCUGUGACACGUUCCUUCCACACAUCUUCCAGUUUCUUGUAUUACUGUCAUACGAGUGCUUUCAGCCCAAGUUUAAUCAAGCUAAAGCCAUUGUGGGAAUGCCGAGAAUAAUCCAGCUUUGUGAUGGUAUCAUGGCAGGAGGGCAGCCAGCUCAAACUCAUGGUAUUCCAGCUUUACAGCCAAUAGUCCACGACUUGUUUGUACUGCGAGGUGCUGGCAAGAGUGGCAUUGGAGAAGAUAUCGAAACACAACGAGAAGUUGUGGUGUCUAUGCUACUUCGCUUGGUCCAUUAUCCUGAGGUGCUAGAGAUGUUGGUCACUGUUCUUAACUGUUACCAGCGAGAGGAGGUGAAGUGGAAAGACCUGUCAGGACAAAUUAUAGAUCUACUGCUUCCUCUUCUUNAACAGUCUGUAAGUCUUCCUUGUCCGAGACGAUCAUAUAAGAUAAACUACGGAUAAACAUGCCAAUUAUUUUGCUUAUCUUUUUCUUUCCAAUUUUUUCUUUUAUAGACUCAGUUGGCUGCAUUCGGCCGUUGGCUGGCCACAGUUCUUGUUGUGCUACAAACUCUCAUGGCACAAGUCACGGAAGAUAUACUGUUGUCAAGAAUUGACCAAUCGGGAUUUAGACCCAAGUGUGUCAAUAUGAUUGAUAAACCUUUAUUACCCAUAGAGAUUCUUGUCAAAUUUCUCUUUCACGUCGUUGAAAUGACUGCCAACCGUGUUAAUACGGUAACGAGAAGUUCCUUUGUAAAUUUAGGAUCACAAAGUGAAGAAGUAUUCUUGUUAAAGCUGUUUGGUUGCAUUUUGACAUGCCUAACACAUCUAUUGAAAUCAGCAAACUUUAAGAAAGUGUCCCAGGUAGCGUCCUCGUCCCCUAUCAUUCAGCCAUCUGUAGAGUAUAUCAAUGAAAGUGUGGCUCAUCUUGUGGACACCCACCCAGUUCUGGUCCUACAGUGGUGUCAGGUGCUAAGACAACUGAAGUACAUGGACUCGCACUUCUGGUGUGGAUUUCUUGACACAGGAUCACGUUUGAGCACUGCUUCAGGUGGUGAUGUUUCACUGGAAGGUCCAACAAUGAACAAAGAUGUAUCUUGCAUGGGAGUGCUACUGAUUUACUGUGAUCUUCUCAUAACACAGCACAUGGAGCAAGGAGCAUUAGACCUGUCCCAAGCAGGGACCCUGCUGAGGAUGUCCCUUGAGGAUCUAGUGCAAAUGGCAGAGGAGCCACCCAUUCAAGGAUUUCUUAACAUUUUGUAUAGCACCCAAGAGGGAAGCAAGCUCCUGUUAGACUCGGUCAUGUCUUAUAAGUCUCUUUUUGAAACAAUGAAGCAGCCAAGCCACAUGAAGGAUAUACUGUGCUGUUUAAAGGGAGUACACCAGUCGCAAUCCCUUUACCUUUUGAAGAUACUGGCCGAGUGUUUUCUAAGCUCUUCUCAUCAGUCUGUUGCGAGGAUGGCAGAACGUCUGAUUUGCAAGAAGCUGGAGAUGUACAUUGCUGGACAGAAGGCGGUAAAGAACCCUUCUUUUAGCAUAUUUUCUUUCUUAUAUGGUUAUGCCUGUGGUGAGAGAAUUGACCGCUGUGGCGCAUGGUGGAAACUCUUGACCGAUAAAGCCUAUGACACUUUUGAUCCCUUUAUUCAGAAACUUUACAUUGUAGAGUGGUUUUGUCGUCUAGCACAACAGUGUUGUUUUGCUGGUCAUCCAAAGGACCAGAAGGCAAAAGCCAACAUGCCACAUGAAGCCAUUGAGAUGCUCAGUGUUUUGAAUGGCAAGGAAGUCUCUGACAUUGUAAAUCAUAAGGAGUGGUUUUGUCGUCUAGCACAGCAGUGUUGUUUUGCUGGUCAUCCAAAGGACCAGAAGGCAAAAGCCAACAUGCCACAUGAAGCCAUUGAGAUGCUCAGUGUUUUGGAUGGCAAAGAAGUCUCUGACAUUGUAAAUCAUAAGGACUUUGACCUUUCACUCCUUGAAGAAUGCGUUCUACGUGGCAUAGAAAGGACACUAAUGUUAUCUGCACGAAGACAUAAUACUGAGGGAGCAGCAAGUGCUUUAUACAGCAAUACAGAAAACUUUGAGAACACAGACAUGGAUCAUUUAUUGCUGGUUUCCAAACUAACUUUGUUCUCCCAAAUGGGUCAAGUUGCUAAGGAUAUCAUUAGAACUCGGACUUUCAGAGACAGUGAAAAUUCCUCUAGAAUACAAUGCUUCUAUCUGGCUCCUGACCGGCUGUCAGCUCUCUGUAAUGACGCCGAAUGGUGCAAGAAAGUCACCUGUCUCGCCAGAGCUCUCGUGUCCUUAGUUAGUGCCAUUCCUACGCUUCCUAGACAUUGUAAAAUACCGGAGUCUGGACAAGAAGCUCUUUUACAGUUUGUGUUUGUUCCGCUGGCGAUGGUGCACUGCAACUUCGUGAAUGGAAAACGCCCAUGUUCCUCAGAACUUAAGUCUCACCUCGAUUGUUUUGCUAAGUUUCUUAAUCUUGAUUGCUGUAAAAGCGUUGGAGAACUGGAGUUCUUUCCGCUGGUUUGUUCUGCCAUCAGUCACGUGCAUGUGCUGUUAAAUGCAGUUGAUGGUGGUGCGGACACUCACGAAGAACACGCUUUCACUGGUGAAGCCGAAAUUGAUGUGACCGAUGACGGAAUUCAAAUUGCCAGGAAAGCUUGCGGUGAAAUCUCACUAUUGAUCCACCGCCUCCUUGUCAUCUUAAAGCCGGGAUCUGGUAGAAAAUCAUCUCUUCCUCAAUUCCUGAUUGGCCCUUUUCGUGAUGCAAUAGUUGGUUUGGCGAGACAACCGCUGGUCAACAGCUAUGCACGCACUCUUCCUCUGGUUUGGAAGAUGGGUUGGGUACCUGUCCCUGAGGGCGCACUUAAAACGGAACUUCCCCCGUUACCAAUAGAAAUAUUAAAAGAGAAAGAUGUACUGGAUGAAUUUGUAAGAAGAGUAAACCUGAUUGGCUGGACUUCCAGACAGCAGUUUGAAGAAACAUGGGCUGCUCUUCUCGGGGUGAUUAGUUCUCCUCCUUUGCCUGAUACAGUCUCCACAGAGGAGGAUAUGGAGUCCACACAUUCCUGCUGCUUGGCAGUCCGCUGUAUCUCAGAACUGCUGCUUCAGACAACCUUGUACCCAGUCCCAGGAAACCCAACCGCGAGUUGUUAUCUUCACAGACCGAGACACAGAGACCUGCCUUUCCUUGGAAGCAGGGCAGGGAAGAAACUUACUUUUGUCAGAGGCAUGGUAGAAGAAGAAUUUGUCGCUAUGUGCUGUACAGGAACGGGCAAGACGUUCAUCUCUGAUGAAGAACUAAGGCCGGAACGGUCCGCCAGUAUUCAUCGAUCAAACAGUUUCCUGUGUUUGAACAGCUCAAGCGGCAUGUGGAUCACCAAUCGAAUGCUGUUUGAUCACCCGCUCUAUGGACUGAAUAUCGAUCGCGUGCUGGGCUUCCAUGACUACACUUUAGGACAGAUCUCUGUGGGUGCUCUCCAUAGUCAGGCCCAGAACGAACUCCAAGAAAGGUACGACAGCGAAGACGACAGUGCUGUUGUAGUGUCCCUACCGCGCAUACCUCAACCUGAAAAACUUGACAUCAAAUCUUGUGAGCAGUUUCUCCUCGAGCUUUUUGAGCAGUGGAUGUCACCGUAUAUCCAACCCAGAACUCCUCUUGCACUCUUGUCAGAGGCAACCAAAGCGCUCCUAGUGUUGUCGGACCUGUUUGUCGAUGGAACGCAUUUUGAAUGGGUUCUAGAAACUCUCCUUGAGUUGCAUCACAAUCAUUCCACGGAAAAUGAUCUGUUGAUACAAUAUCUGCUGCCUACACUCUGCAAAGCACUAGCUUUUCUUAAGACGGAAGGUGCCACUGCUGAAAGAGUGUGCAAGAUAUUAGAAUCGUCGCUUAGAAGUCCGCACGUGCCUCUUCAGAUCUCCGCUCUGUAUGGUGCAAUGUAUUUGUUGGAGAUUCACGUGGCUUCUGUUGGUGCUGUGUUGUUGCCAGUCCUAACCGACUUUCUCAGCAAGAAGCUUACUGCUUUGACGGGUACGGUUUCUUUAGCGGAGCAUCACUUGUUAGUCAUGUGGUCUACAGCAUUUUACUUGCUGGAGAGGUACGCUGAUGAAAUCAGUGACCAAGAAUUGAAGGCUAACCUCCUUAAGACUGCUGUUCGUAUCGCGUCUUCAAACGAGGACAGCACUCCCACUUGUGUUUAUCACACUAUCAUGAGAGGACUGGAGAGACUGGUGGUGUCCUUUGCGCUGUCAAGUGCAGAGUCUGAUUCACUGGUGAAACUCAGCGUCGACAGAUUGUCUAUGCAAAACCCUCAAAGAGCCAUAUCUGCACUGAGUUUAUUGAUCACAUGCAUGUACACAGGCAAAAUUGGAGAUCGACCGAGUGGAAUCUACCCUCAGCCUGACACUGUGGAGUUUCCCACGGAAGACAUACUCCUCAUUGCCAUGGAACGUGUCACGGUUCUUUUUGACAGGAUACGAAAAGGCGUCCCAUCCGAGGCGAGAGUUGUGGCCAGAGUUUUGCCGCCUCUGUUACUUGAUUUCUUCCCCGCACAGGAAAUCAUGAACAAAGUGAUAGGAGAGUUUCUUUCCAGUCAGCAGCCACAUCCUGAGCUUAUGGCUCAAGUCUUGUUUAAGGUGUUUGAGGGUCUCCACAGUCAAGGUCAGCAAACGGAAGUGAGAGACUGGGUCCUUCUAUCACUUGGAAGUUUUAUUCAACGGACGCCUCUAUCAAUGGCCGUGUGGAGUCUAACUUGCUUCUUUGUGAGCGCUUCCAGCAACAAAUGGAUCCGAGCUCUCUUUUCCUAUAUCGUGGGAAGAAUGGGAAAGCUUGAAAGCAUCGAUGUUAAAUUAUUUUGCGCGGCAGCCAUGGAUUUCUACAGAACUCAGAAUCUCGAUUCAACUCACAAAGAAACCUUGAUAUCCACGUUUAGAAACGCCGCUCAAACGAGUGCAGCUUACAGAGAACUGAUUGAAUGCUGUCUGUCUGAGAGAUGAACUCGGAAGAACAUCACAAAAAUUCCGUGUUUUACCUUACGAAGGUAAAACGUCAAUCAAAAAUUGAGAUCGAAAGGUAGUAUGUCCUCAAAUGUGAUAUUGCUUCCUCGCGAGAGACGAUGAUCAUAGAUCGACUGAGAAAAGGAAGGGCAUUGCAAAGAGCACGUGGUUUAUCAAAUCAAAGAUAGAUUUGACUUGUGAAGCUUUCAGUAGCCUGUGCAGCUUGCUGUGAAGUUACUAGCGGGAAAUUCUGCUAAGUCCUGUAACGAGAAAUCUUUUCUUGCUGUGUGACUUUACAACUACUUAAAUUGAUCAUGAAGGUUACAUGUGCAUCUAUUGGGAUGUGGAUGCUGUUUGUGAGGGUGGAAACAGUACCAUUAUGGUGCUCUUCGUUUCACCCUUUAACAAAUAGGUUUGAACCAUCUAGGUGCGCUAUGAAAGGCAUUGCUUUUCACACCGCAGUCAGAAAAUAAAAGCCAAACAUCACUUGCGAGAUGUUUUCUGCACGUAAAUCAAAAAUGAAACUUGUUAUCAAGCUUCAUUCUAUCAUCAAUUUUAUUUAGAAUGGAAAAAUGUAUCUGGAAAUAUUUUCCUAUAAUAAGAUAUAAAUAUUACCAAAGAUCUAUGAUAGCGAAUAAAGGAACAAUUUUAACUACUUCACAUGCAUAACUGAAAACAACUUAAACAUCGGAGUGAAUACUGGGUUAUCCUCACGUUGAUAAAUAAAGCUGGGGCUCAAGUUGCCUG